AUGACAAAGCGGGAACUAUGAAUUUUAAUAGGACAACACUGAUUGAACACUUUGGUUUGGGAAUUCCAAUCUCAAUCAAAGUAAGACGAUCACAGAGUCCGGUUGAAGACGAUUAAAUUUUAAUGUAAAAUUAGUAAAUCUGGGAUGCUGUAUGACAUAAGAUAAAACUGUCAAUUUGCUUAAAGACAUCGACGUUCCUUUCCUAGUUCUGUUUUCUGGAGUUAAGACUAUACCUUUGAUGAUAGUUAAACCGUAGAUUAUGAGUCAUGUCAUGCAAAUAGGUAUUUUUAUAAGUAGUAGUUUGUAAAAGUGUUAAAUAAUAUUAAAUUAAUAAUUUAUUAGAUGUAAAACAUUCGAGAUGCACGCAGCCUAUCAGCAUGACGUCACCCGUUUAUUUUUAGAUUAGGCAGUUGUUUUGAUACCUAACUUGCCUAUCUGUUUUCACUUCGGGUCAGUUCGGGACUCGGGAGUAGAUAAAUAAAUGUUAACAGCGAAAAUUAGAUACAAUUUAAGUUCCGAUGAAGCCUGAUACAUCUAAUAAUGCAAAAAUAUUUGCAGUGAUUCAAUUUCUUGAAAGACCCUAUAGGGAUCUCGCUAGAUAUGUUUGUGUUCCUAGUUCCUGGAUAACUGAGAGAUUACCAAACUGCCGAGUUGCUAUAUCAUACCCCAGAGAAGAUGUGAAUGUCACAAGGAAUCGCGUUAGGAACAAUGAACUACCUGUUGCAAUGUGGCCAGUUUUUAUGGCUUUAAUUAAAUAUGAAUCUGAUGAUUAUGAUGAUGCAGAUGCGUGGAGUGUAAUGGAAGAGAAGAAAAUUUCCAGCGAUAUCAUUACUUUGGAUGAUGAAGAUGAUGAUGAUGAUAUUUGUGAGGCAUUGGUUUACAAAUCUGAAAGUGAUGAUAAUGAGGAUAACUGUAAUGAGGCGGACAUUUUAAUUUUAAAGCCAGAUAAGCCGACUGAAACAGAAGAUGUUGUUAAUAAUGCUGUUAAUCAAGAAAAUGAAGAUGAUUUGGUUUCAAUGCAGGAUAAACAGUCUCAACCGCAAAAUAUUGAUAUGGCAGACAACAUUGAUAAAGCCCAAAAUCAAGAUGGUGCAGAGACUUUGGUUGAGACAUUCAAAACUGAAAAUAAAGACCUACAAGAUGAUGAAGAUCAAAAUGAGGCAGAAAUUAUGAAUUUAAAAGGGAAUGAAUCUUUAAAAUCAGAAAAUGUAGACAUACAAGAUAAUAAUGCUGAAGAUGAAGAUGACAUAGAAACCUUUAUUAUAAAAGAAGAUCCAUAUGAACAGGAGUCAAUGAAAUCUGAAGAUAUUGGCACAAUACAUCCUUUUGAGGGAGUUGAAAAUAAUGAUGCGGACAGUGAGUCAUCAGAGAAUAUACCACGCAAAUCAGAAAGCAUUGAUAUAGAAGAACAUUUUGGUAAUAUUGAUACCAAUUUAAACACUGUAACUUCAAUGGAAGAACAGAUGCCUAGGUCUGAAGAUGAUGUCACAACAGAUGGUGAUGAUGAUGACCUUGAUUUAGGCGAUUUGAUUAUAUUGGACACAAAGCAUUCAGAAUCAGAUUCCAAAAUUCCAGUGCUUAAUAAUGACAAUAUGAGUUACUCAAUUGAAGGUACUGUCCUGGAGCGACAUAUUGAAUAUAGUACAAAAUCUUUGAAUAUUCAGACUAUAGAAGAAUCAUUGGUCGAAACAAAUACUUCAACACCACCUACUCCAACGACAUCGUCCGAAAUGGCGCAACGUCCAACAAUAUCUGUAGUUCCCGAACAGUUUUUGCGAUAUGAUUGCCAUGAACAAAAACAAAAUCCUGAAAAUUCUACGCAUAUUGUAGAUGGAAGAUUGAAGGCUCGCCGGUUGUUAACUGAAACAAUAUAUUCAACAGAAACUAUGAAAACUCGUUUGAUAACAAAAGCACAAAUACACGAGAAUAAAACAACCUUUAAUAUUACUGGCAAUUAUCCACACGGGGAAGCCCACGCAAUAAGCAUUUUGGAACCCAAUAAAGUAAUCCAUACUGUUGAAAAACUUUACGAUCAAAAUGUUUUCAAUAAUGUGUCGUAUCCAUUGGAAUACACCAGCGCUCAGCAUAGUAAACAAGUCAACCAGCCUAUUGCCAAGUCAAAGCCAAAGAAAGCACCCCCUAAGAAAAAGAUUAAAGUUCCUACUAAAAAGGUUCUGACGUAUAAUCGGGUACAUUCUCUGGAACAGCGUGGCUACACAUAUGUCCGUCCACAAGAUACUCAAGUUAGCAAUAUACCUUCUCAAAAUAUUCUGAUGGACACGGAAUGUUUUGAACAGAACCAACAUUACCGCGUUAAUGAACAAAAUUUACCAGUUCCUGUACAAAAUUUAACUGUAGAUAAUUGCACUGGAAACAUCGUUGUUAGAACAACAACGGGACGAAAUCCUUUGAUACUCAAUGCUCCUCAAAAUAAUAAAAACACGAUUUCGAAAUCGGCGCAACACUAUCAGAGUGCUGGGAAUAGAUUUAGUUAUGAAUUCGGCCCCAAUGAAAAUGAAAAAGACGCAGCUUGGUUACAACAUUAUGGAAGAAGGGGUAAACACACUUAUCCUCCACAGCCAAGUCAUGCUAACCAAAUAUAUGGCACUCAGCAGAAUGACCCAUCUGCAAUGGUUAAUUAUCAUAAUCAACAAUAUUCUAAUUCUUCCAAUCAGUUAUCUGCAGAGAUCAGAGGCUAUUCUGUUAUCCAGCAUCCGCACGAUAAGUCAUUAUUUCCUAGAAAAUCGACAGAUGUUAAUAGUUUUAAUCAGUUGCCUCUUACUCAAAGUAGCUACCAAAUUAUGGUACCGGAUAUGCAAUCAACCACAACAAAUUUAUCAAAUCCCUUUUCAACCGAAUUGCCUGCACAUGACCCUCAGCUGCCAACUCCACAACAACGGCAAAUAAAUCACAAGGAAUCCAUUAUAAUAAAUCAUCAAAUUGGAGAUAUUCAAAGUACACCAGAAGACCAUUUAUUAGCUAAGCAAGAUUGCGCCCACUUUUCUUGCUCACAAUCUGCGCCUAAUACCACAUUUACUUCAGUCGUAAAUAGCACAAUUUCUUCAUUGGCUGACGAGCCGUGCAGUGUGAUCAGUAACAAUCCUGAUAAUACUACAGAGGAUAAUUUAUCUGCAAUGCAAAACCAACCCAAUGAAACACGAGAAGAAGAGAAUUCUAUAAGUGAAAAUAAUACAAUACUUACUGAAAAUGUAUCAGUUGUAGCUAAUGAAUCCGUCCCUGAUAGUACUGUAGAUUUCCAAAAAAAUCCUGGCGAAUCGUCACAAGCCUGUUCCUCUGGAGAAAAAGUCGAAAAAAGCGCAAAUGAGAUCAAUUUUUCAUCAAAUGUAACCAAAGAGUUAGAGAGCGUAGCUGCUGCCAUAAAAACAUUCGAACUUAUUCUUUCUCAAACUGCAAAAACCAUUCGUAAUCAGACUGAAGCCUUCAAAGCCAGGCAUAAUAAAAUGUUUGAAUGUGAUGAUGAAUUCAAAAACGUAAUAGAAACCGUAACUGCCCACUGUGAAUCGAGAAUAAAUGAGGUCCUCUGCUUGAAAUCAAAUGACAGGCUAAACCGUCUGAAUAACAGAAAAAGGAAAAUAAUUAACAAUAGCAAAAAUAAUUGAAUUUAUGAAACUGCUACUUAACUAUACAUUUGUUUUAAUAAAUGUAUCAUUUUAAAAACGGCACGACUAUACGUCGUUAUUUACAUAAUUAUGUAGGUAUUAUAGGAUAUUUAAAUACAAAUUUUUAUGUAUAUCAAAUACUGAUAUUUUAUUGCUACCGUGAAACCGGCCAUCAUUGCCCGCAUUUUUACUUAUUUUUGAGAUUCUGCCAAAAUGCUUACCGGAAAAGCGUAGAAAGUUGACUAUAGUAGCAAUGACUAUUAAAGGCUUCUUUUUGCAAUGUAGUGCUUCUAUCUAUAACAGAAUCCUAGAAAAAGGCACUUGAUAAGGCGGGCAAUAUUAUACGCACAAGCGUUCAACAUUGCUCACCCUUAUUUUCUCGAAAACUUUCGGUUUGUUUUUUAAGUAAAGAACACAAAUCUCUCGUGAUCAAUGCAUCAAACACGCUCAUAUUUAUUUUACUGACGUGGACAAUGUUAUAAUACACAACUGUUACACUUUCAUACAAACUAAAACGGUGGGUUAGGGCCGAUAUACGUUUAAGUGAUAAAUAAAAAUCUGUUUAAAUAUAAACUCUUAUUAUUACUAAUCAAUCAACUCUUUUAUUAUUAAUUAUCAGUCAUUAACAGACACAUAGGUACAUCGUUACAAUUGCAGAUAUGAAAAUAGUAGUAUAAAGAUGCAAGUUGGUAGCCGAAACUUCCACCUUUGUAUUUAUACUCAUGCCAACUUGAAACUUCAGCCGUAAUAUGUUUACUCAUAUCAUGAUAACCAAUUUCUAAUAAAUUAGGUAGGGGUACAUAGGUAGAAAGCAAUUUUGAAUUUAAUUGAAAUAUAAUGAGUGCCAACCCUAUUACUGUUUUUGCAGUGGACAAUGUUGUCACUGCUAUGUUCACGCAAGUUCGGGAAUCAUUCCCCGUUUCAUUAUCUGGAAUGUUCUAAUAAUCUCAAAAUAGCAUGGAAAUGAAACAUAACACUUAUUAUUAUUCUAAUAUUACAAUAACUUAACUGAGUGAUGUCGUACAUUCUGGCAAUGUGUAAAACGUAAAACAAGAUUUUAGCACCACCCCACACUACCCCUAUUUCUAUUAUGUUUAGUCGACGACUGAGUGAACUUAGCAACGUAUCUAAUAUUUAGUUUAACCCUUCGAUCAGUAAUAAUAUUAGUGAUCGAUGGUUCAACCACAAAAAUAUUCAAGUUUAGCCUAAAAAUUAAAUAACGUCGAUAGCUAUAUAGGUACAUUUAUUUACAAUAUUAUAGUUAUUUUUUGUGUUCGGGCAAAGAUAUCCGCUAAGGGUUUUUUUUUCUUAUGCGACUGUACGGCAAACGUUCAGAAGGAUAAUGGUGAGCAAUCAGCGUUGCCCAUGGACACCUGUAACAACGGAGGAGUUACGAGUGUUGGGUAUUGGUAAAGGUUGGGCCUCUGGUAACCUAAUUCACACGGUGAAACACAACUCUGUAGUUGUUUCACGCCGGUUAUCUGUAGUAUCACCCCGAUUGAGCUGCCCCUUACGUGCCGAAACAUAGGUCUCCAACACUACGUCUCUAUUUCUGUUCCUACUAGUAUCAUAUUGUAUAAUGCUAUGGCUACCAUUUACUACUUGGCUACAACAGAUGAGUGAAAAAUAACCAAAACAAACCCAUAAGGCAAGCUCUCUGAGGUCUCGUUUAUGCCUCGUCGUGCGUUUGUUGUCCAAUGCAGUGUCAAAUCGCCCACGCAAACACAAACAUAAUAUUAUAUGCGCAGUACAACACGCUGCAUGUGCGCAUACGAUACCAUAAAGUCCAGUCAAAUUAAAAUAAUGCAUCGCCCGCGACAUUAAAUCAGCUAUGAUUUUAAUGUGGGUAUGUAAUCAGAAGAAACUAUCUAAGAAUAAGUAUCUACAAUUUUAUACAUUAGGUACUCUUAUUUAAUUUUUUAUAGAUUCAGAUUCA